ACUUUGUGGCGGCAGCGCAUGCGCUUUUCAAAAUCGUAAAGGAAGUAUUUGUUUACUGUAGCGCGAGUGCAGCGGCGUUCUGCUGCCAUGUCCGUAGUGACCGUCCAGCUCGGUCAGUGUGGGAACCAAGUGGGUCAGGAGCUGUUUGACGUCCUUUGCAGCGAUGCGUUGGCAGCACACAGGAAAACGUACAGCACGGCCAGCUGUGAGAGGUUCUUCCAUCUAACAUCACAUGGAGACUUAGAAGCCAGGGCGGUGCUGAUUGAUAUGGAGCCCAAAGCGAUUAACUCCAGCAUGACCAAGGCUCUGAAAGGUGGCAGGUGGAGGUAUGGAGAAGCUUCCCACUUUAGUCAAAAGCAGGGAUCUGGAAACAACUGGGCUAAUGGGUUUUGCGUCCAUGGUCCUCGUCACAAAGACGCAGUGGAGGAGCUGGUGAGGCGGGAGGUGGAGCGCUGUGACAGACUGGCAGGUCUCAUGACCAUGAUGAGUGUGGCAGGUGGAACCGGCUCAGGUGUUGGCACCUACAUCACUCAGUGUCUCAGAGACAUCUACCCAGCAUCGUUUAUCCUCAACCACCUCACAUGGCCGUACGGGACAGGGGAGGUGAUCCUUCAAAAUUACAACUCGGUGCUGACGCUGGCUCAUCUCUACCAGCUGUCCGACGCCAUCGUGGUGCACGAGAACGACACGGUCCACGGGAUCUGCAGUCGGCUGCUCAACAUCAAACCCAUCGCCUUCACUGACAUCAACAGAGUUAUUGCUCAUCAGCUGGGUGGAGUCCUGCAGCCGGCCUUAACCCCUGACUCAAAUGGAGUCUACAGCCUGAAUCCUCUUGGAGAGUUGGUGAGCGCUCUCUGUUGUCAUCCGGAGUAUAAACUGCUUAGUGUGUCCACCAUCCCUCAGAUGCCCAGCUCCUCCGUUCCCUACAGCUCUUUCAGCUGGACUGGUCUGCUCAAACACCUACGCCAGAUGCUCAUCUCCAACACCAAGAUGGAGGAAGGGAUAGAUUGGCAUGUGCGUCCACCAGCAGCUUCUGGGCGGAUCAGGAGUGUCGCUGGAAGCAGCUUCAACACCUCACUGGCUAACCUGCUCAUACUGAGAGGAAAGGACGUCUACUGCGCAGAGACAGGAAACUUUGAAGAGGCCACCAUCUACACCCCUUGGCUCUCACCAGCAGAAGCUUUCAGUGCAUGGAAAUCCCCCAUUCCCUUUAAUAAGUAUGAGAAGUCCGCCACGCUGGUCAGUAACAGUCAGGCUCUGCUUGGACCCUUGGAGGACAUUGUGAGAAAAGCCUGGAACAUGUUUGCCUCCAGGGCUUACAUCCAUCAGUAUGAUACGUUUGGGAUCUCGGAGGACAACUUCCUUGAUAGCUUCACAGCUCUUGAGCAAGUCGUCUCAAGCUACCGUGAACUGAAGAGCUAACAGGGGUGGAAUUGAACCCGUAUAGCAAUGUGGAUUUCAGAUGACAUAUUUUUGAUGCUGUUUUUAAAAUAAACGUUCAUAAACUGUUUUUUUUUUUUUUUAAAUCCCAAAAUGUUAUUUUUCUUGAUUUGUAAUGAAAAACAUAACAAUUGGGAUUUAAAGACCACCUUCUAUGAAAUUUUUGUUUUGGGUGUUUUUGCAUUUUUGUGAUGAUGGAGGACAUUUAUAAAAUAAUUUAAGUUUAAAACUG